UUUGUCCUUUACAGUGAACCAAGUGAUGGGCACUAGUAUGAGAACCUGAUUCGAAUUCGGAAAUUUCCUUUUCUUGUCUUCUUUUAUCCCUCUCGCUCUCGCUCACUGCCACACCAGUAUCACUCUAGUUUGUGUUACUGUCUCGGUUAUCUCAUUGGCGGCGAAGAGCUUGUGGGAUUCGAGUUCUUGGGUGUGAAAUGGGUUUAGUUUUAGGUUUGAUUCUAUUUGGAUUUGUUCUUGGUGUGGUGGCCGUCCUUGCUGCGGAAGCUCUUGGAGCGUUCUUGAUCAUUAAAAGGUUGAGCAUCAAGGCUAAACAAGACGAAGCCGUGAUAAUAUCGAAAUCGAAAUCCCACGAGGGUACUGUGGAGCUUGAUACCCAGCAAUCGUUAACUUUUGCAGAGAAUAAGCAGGGUGUGAUCUGGGUCCUAGAAUCUGACAAAAGUCCAGAAAUCCCACAGGACAAACCAUCCAAAGAUAAAAGAAGAAAAAAAGAAAUCUUGGAGGUUUCUCCUGUUAAAAAAUAUGGAAAAAUUAAGGGGCAAUCCCUGAUUCUGACAGACCCUGAUGGUUUGCACACAGAAAUUCAGCUGAAGGGAUGCAUAGUGGAAGCUGUCUCAGCAACAAGCCUACCUUCAAAAAAAUGGGCAAAAAAGUUUCCAAUUAAGGUGGAAAGCAAGACCUCUGCCAUAUACAAUGGAAGAAAAACCUUUUAUGUGUACCUUGAAACUUCCUGGGACAAAGAAGCAUGGUGUAAGGCACUCCGUUUGGCUUCUUGUGACCAAAAAGAGAAGGUUGAAUGGUUUGCUCAGUUGCAUGAAGAGUUCCGUAGUUAUGUGGCAUCUCUGAAUGCUGAAUAUAAUACUUUUUUGAAACCAACGGUGGGGUCUGGCGUUGAGGUGGUAAAUAGGGCUAUCAAACCUGAUGGUGCUUCCUCCAAGGUUCAAAAGUUUCUGCAAAAAAUUGCAAAAAAGUCCUCCAGAGUUGGUUUGGAUAAUAAGUCAUCUUGGUCUUCAUUGUCAGGCCGCGAUGAAAGAAGGAACGCUGAAAAGCUUCAUGCUUGUCAAGAUGCAGAUAUCUCAUUGAGGGACGCACCAAUGGCAAGGACUCUUAAGCAUCCCAUGGAAGACAACGCUCCACUGUCAUCAGCUACAUUAUCUCAUUCAGGAAGCCAGAGUCAUGCUUCUAUCAGCUCUGACGUUGAUUCUGAUGAGAAGUUUAGUAUAGACGAGGGAACAUUAGGUUGGAAUUUGUUGAUUUCUCGGUUAUUUUUUGAUGCCAGAAGCAAUGCUAAACUGAGGGAAUUCGGGCAAGCAAAAAUUCAGAAGGCAUUGUCAUCUAUGAGAACUCCCAGUUAUGUAGGUGAAAUCAUCUGUACAGGCUUCCAUACUGGAAGCCUCCCACCUUGUAUUGUUGGGAUGAGGGUUCUUCCUAUGGAAAUGAGUGAGGUAUGGGGCUUUGAAGUUGACAUUGAAUACUCUGGUGGUGCACUAUUAGAUAUUGAAACAAGGCUUGAAGUUGGUGAACUAGAUAAUGCUCCAGGGGUAGAGGACUCAGAUGCAGACUCUCGUGAUGCUGUAGAUGUCUCAUCAGAUCUACUUCAAGGUCUUGAGGAUCUUGGAAAGCAAUUAAAUCUUUCAGAUGGAAUGGGUGAUUCACAAGAUCCAAAAGGAGAUGAUGAAUUUAACACUGAUAUUUCUAAGAAUGUUAAGAGCGCCACAUCUUGCUCAACCUAUGGAUCUAAGUGGAAAUCUAUGGUAAAUUCGAUUGCCAAACAGGUUUCACAGGUUCCUUUCUCUUUGACAAUAGGAAUAGCAUCGCUUAGGGGAACACUGCGUCUACAAAUAAAGCCUCCUCCCUCUGAUCAAUUGUGGUAUAGUUUCACGUCUAUGCCAGACAUAGACUUUAACUUGGAGUCAUCUAUUGGAGAACGCAAGAUAACUACGGGACACUUGGCUCUGUUCCUGAGCAAUCGAAUUAAGGCACUAAUUCGGGAAACUUUAGUACUUCCAAAUAGUGAAAGCGUAUGCGUUUCGUGGAUGCUUGCUGAAAAAGAUGAUUGGGUGCCCCAGGAGGUUGCUCCAUUCAAAUGGGUUAACCAAGAAUCCAGAAAGGAGACUUCCACUUCAAGCGAUGCCCCAUCUGAGCCUCUGGAUAAUGCAAUUGAUAAUUCAGAGCAGAAACAGAAAAAAACCAGAUAGCGUUGAAUCAAGUCAAGAGCCAAGCAGGAAAUCAGCAGAUUCUUUAGCGAUUGCAUCCAGUCCUACUAGUAUACCAAGAAGCAGAAGUCUAGAUGGUUUGACAACACCUUUGCUGGGGGAUUACAAGCCCCAUGAAACUAAUGAACAGAACUUGGAAGAUCGCCAGCUAGCAAGGAUUGCAGAACAAGCAUCCGAUCCCAUUGAGCGGGAUGACUCAAGGCGAAGGAAAAUGGGGACACGAGAAAGAAUGCUUGAUCUUAGGAAGAAGAUGACUGAGAAAUUUGAAGAAAAGAAGCGUCACAUUGAGGAAAAGGGGCGGAACUUUGUCGACAAGAUGCGGGAACGUGAGAGAUAUUGACCACAUGAACAAAAUGCAUAUAUUUGUUAAUGGUUAAGUUAGAUCAUGAAGGAUUUGAUUGCCAAGCUGUACAUUCUCUUGGUGCUUAGAAAACAUCAAAUAAAUUUCGCAUUAUAUUUGUUCAUUUGUUGACUGUACAAUAUUCUUGACCCAAGAAAUGCCAUUAGAAAUCAUAUUCAA